UUAAUCGAAAUUAUAAGAAUUAACAAUAUUCUGUUUAAAUCAUGACUACUAAUGCAGAUAAAGUGUACUGCUUUAAAACAGAAAACAAAUUCUUAGUUAAGAGUGGCUGUAAAAAGCGUAUGUGGAGAUCUUUGAAACAAAUUCUUACAGCAGAACGAGCUUUACCAUGGCCAAACGAUAUUGUACUGUAUUAUUCAAUAAAUGCUCCACCGACAUUCAAGCCAACUAAGAAGUACUCAGAUAUCUCGGGCCUCCCCGCUCCCUACAUGGACCGCCAUUCCAAACUGUACUACAGCAAUGCGGAGGAAUUUGCAACGGUCAGGAGUUUACCCAUGGACAUAACCGCCGGCUACUUGCAGUUAAGAGGAGCGAACACUAUUGUUGGAUAAGACCUGAAUCUAUUCUAGACAC